CUACAGCUCUCAGAGAAGCUGCCGCUUGAGCAGCUAUGAAUGGAGGAUCGUUAUUCACUUAGCUGUUCUUGUGUUUUCACUGGAACCACGCUGACGUAGUUGGGAGGGAACCUUCGCGAGGAUGAGACUUUAAGAGGAUAUGAAAACAAGGUCAUCGUCUUGAGUAACCGAGCAGGUUUCAACUUGGGCUGUGGUGUUUAUGCUUCACCGACUGCGACCAAGAUGGAGGCAGACGAACGUCUUCGGUGCGAUUAGCUUCGCUUGGCCAGGACUCAUGGUUUCUGUGCGAGUUUAAUUCGUGUAUGACUCUCCGAGCCGCCGUCACAAGACUAUAUAAACGGUUGUUUACUCUUUUGGAAGACGCGGAAGAGGAGCACUAGGAAGAAGAAAGACCGGAUGUGGUGUGAUUUUCUUCCUUCCAAAGUAAAAGCACGUACGGCGGCAAAUGUCACAAAAGGAAGACACGGGGAUGGUUCCGGGCACCAGUGGGGCGAGAGGCUCUGGCUUAUCAGCUGGACCUGUGCCAGGAUCACCGAGCACGAGCUUCCCGCACAGCAGACUGCUCCCGAACCGGGCCGGAAUAACGCCAACCACCCCCCCUCUCGGUAGGCUGUCGUCACUACGGACCCGGGACCUGACGUUAGGCGGAGUGUUCAAAAAACCCAAGAAAACCAUCGAACCAAACGUCCAUGCUGUUCGAAAAAGCAAGGAAGAGUUUAAGGAAGUUAUUCGAGUGGCCCCGAAGAAAGAGAGAAGAGAGAGGGAUGAGAGGAGGAGAGAGAGCCGAGGAAGGAGGAAAGAGAAGCCUCAGACCAUCCAGUCUCACUCCAUAUUCGAGCAGGGUCCCGCCAGCAUUGUCCGCAAAUCAGGCUGGAGUGUGGAUGCAGACCAGAGGUACUCCUCCACCUCUCCUCUCUGUAAAACUGUCAAGAAGGAGAGAGAAGAGUCGGAGGAGAGGGAGGACGACAUCCUGAGGAAACUACAGAGAGACGACUUUAUAGACGACCCUGGUCUGAGAAAUGAUGCCGAGCUGAAGCCCAUCCAGCUUCCUUUGAGCAGGUCCGCAAUCGUCGAGGCUCCGCCCAGCUCAAGUCCAGAUGGGCCGGUGUCCCAGUCCAGCGAGGGUCCCGGUCGGGCUGAUUCUUUGGUCCACCUGCUGCAGGAUCUGAAGAUGUCUGGCCGAGAGGAGCUCUUCUUUAUGCAGCUGCCCGACUGCCUGCCUGUGGACCGGGUGUCGGCCUCUCAGGCGAAGGAGGAGAAGCGCGUCAAAAAGGAGAUCAAGGCAGCUCACAAGAGAGCCGAGCCGACGCCAACACUACUGUCCAGCCUGAAAGAGCGAAGUCUGGCGAUGUCAGAGUUCACGGAGGGACUUCUGGGUAAACUCCAGAUCAGGAGGUCCGGAAAGGUGGAACUGAAACUGGGCGACAUCAUCCUGGAUGUCACAGAGGGAGCCGCCUUCUCCUUCCUGCAGCAACUGGUGUCGGUCCAACUCUCCGAAGGAAAGACUGGGGACUUGAUGGUUUUGGGAAACGUGCAACAUAAACUGGUGCUGUCUCCUGACUUCCAAGCUUUGUUGGCUCAGACAGUGACUCAGCAGCAGAUGUCCUGAUAACACACACACACACCAGGAGUUCUGGUCCAGUCCUGGAUGGCUACUUGCACGGCAUCUGCGAGAGCUGGUUUGGUAGAGGUCAACCAAAAUCCACGCCUCCAUCAUUGCGUUGCACCAUUUUAAUAUCUGUAAAAAUUUGGCUGAAACUCGUCCAGUGUUAUAUUAAAUAGUCACAGUUAAUUUUCAUUGACUCUUAGUUCCAAUAUUCAUGAAAUUAUCACAGUUGUCACUUGCAUUUCUACACACCUUGUUGUCAAACUUGUUUGUUGCUCUUAUUUCACUUUUUUUAUACAAAUAGUCUCUUUUUGUGAUAUUUGCUAUUACCAACUUAAUAAAUGUUUAUUACCAAUAUUUGUCUU